AUGAGUGCCUUGCAAAGAGUCGAGCGCGAAAGGAAAAAGCAAAAACUGGGCAAACGGAUCGCUGGAUUACUAUGGGAUUCUCUAGAUGACAAGAGCGACGAGGAACAUCGCCUCGUUAGGCGACUGGACUCUGGCUAUCUAAUUUGGGCAUGCUUCUACUACUUUGUUAUGUAUCUCGACUCCACUAAUGUAUCAAAUGCAUAUGUCAGUGGUAUGAAAGAAGACUUGAACAUGUAUGGAAACCAAUUAAACUGGAUGACAACAUACUGGACCAUAGGUUACAUUGUCGGGACGCUCCCUUCGCAAUUGAUCCAAAUGCAUAUACGGCCUUCUCUAUGGCUUCCCUUGCUGGAGGUUGUCUGGAGUGCACUCGUCAUGUGCAUGGCAGCUGCCCCAAAUGUAAACACUAUCUAUGCGAUCAGGUUCCUUGUUGGCAUAUGCGAAGCAUCCGCUUACCCUGGCAUGAUGACGCUGCUGGGUAAUUGGUAUACCCCACAAGAGCUGGGGAAGCGAUCCGUUAUCUUCCAACAAAGCAGCGCUGCUGCGCAAAUGUUCAGCGGGUUCCUCCAAGCUGGCAUCUACAAUGGAAUGAAUAACACUGCAGGUCUCAAAGGAUGGCGCUGGCUAUUCAUAUUCGAUGGCAUAAUCUCACUUCCCAUUGCCAUGUUGGGGUUUUGGUUGAUCCCAGACGCCCCUUCGAAUUCCCGAGCAUUCUAUCUUCAAGAGGUCGAUAAACAGGUCGCACAGGCCCGUAUGGAUAGACAUGGACGUGCGAGAGCGAGUGGGAUUACCUGGAGCAAACUCGUCAAAGCCUUCACCCAUUGGCCCGUAUGGGUCUUUGCAAUACCAUAUGUUUCAUACGUUAUAGCGCUGCAUAUCGCCUCGUACAUGAAUCUAUGGCUCAAAUCGUUGGGAAUCUAUUCUGUAUCUCAAGUUAAUGUCAUCCCUUCGGGGGGAUAUGCAGUUGAAAUUGUUUGUGCUUUAGUCUAUGCAAUUGUAUCUGAUGCGAUUGGCAAGAGAUGGCCUGUCAUUAUGUUUGGAGCGAGCUUAGGGUUACUAGGAGGCAUUCUCCUUUCUGUCUGGCACAUCCCCUUCGGAUUAAAGUACUUUGCAUGGUACUUGACGUUUGCGCCUGUUGGGGGCGGCGCACUUCUUUUCGCAUGGGGAAACGAGAUAUGCAGCAAUAGCGCAGAAGAGCGUGCAAUCUUGCUUGGUUGGUUAAACACAAUGGGUUAUAUAUUUAAUGCCUGGGUACCGUUAUAUGCCUACCCUGCCGAAGAAGCGCCGCAGUACAAGAACGGUUACAAAGUCAACGCAGCAUUGUGGGGGGUAUAUCUACUUGGAAUUCCGGUCAUCCUGUGGUUCUCGAAGACAUUUCCUACCUCACCCGAGGAACAGGAUCUCACAGAGGAGGCUGUUACUGGAAGGAAUACCGAAAUCCCAAAGGAUUAG